GGAGGCGGAGAAGUCCCGCCCCCCGGAUCUCCGGCUUCCGGCAACUCGGCAGGGCACGAACGUACGCGGAGGGACUGAGUCCGGAGCUUGCCCACGACCGGCUGGACUCCGAGGCCCCCGAGAUGAGAAAACUGAGGCCCCGAGGAGCCCACAGUCACACAGCGAGGAGAAGCAGAAUCGGGAAUCAAACCCAGACCUCUGCACAUUUUCUUCUUAAUAAUUGGGAGAAGACCCACUGGCUGAAUGGCAGCUGUAGAUGACUUGCAGUUUGAAGAAUUCGGUGAUGCAGCCACUUCAGCAGCAAACCCUGGUGCCACUACGAUUCACAUCGAGGGUCCUAGUGAGAGCCCGACACACCAACCAGGACUCCCCAGAGGCUCAGGGGGAGAAGAGGACGAUGAGUUGCUGGGGAACGAUGACUCUGACAAAACUGAGUUACUUGCUGGACAGAAGAAAAGCUCCCCCUUCUGGACAUUUGAAUACUAUCAAACAUUCUUUGAUGUAGACACUUACCAGGUCUUUGACAGGAUAAAAGGGUCUCUUUUGCCGAUACCAGGGAAAAACUUCGUGCGGCUGUAUAUCCGCAGCAAUCCUGAUCUUUAUGGCCCCUUUUGGAUCUGUGCCACACUGGUCUUUGCCAUAGCAAUUAGUGGGAAUCUUUCCAACUUCUUAAUCCAUCUGGGAGAGAAGACAUACCAUUAUGUGCCCGAAUUCCGAAAAGUGUCCAUAGCGGCCACCAUCAUCUAUGCCUACGCCUGGCUGGUUCCUCUCGCACUGUGGGGUUUCCUCAUGUGGAGAAACAGCAAAGUCAUGAACAUCGUUUCCUAUUCGUUUUUGGAGAUUGUGUGCGUCUAUGGAUAUUCGCUCUUCAUUUAUAUCCCCACAGCAGUACUGUGGAUCAUCCCCCAGAAGGCUGUUCGGUGGAUUCUAGUCAUGAUUGCCCUGGGGAUCUCAGGCUCUGUCUUGGCAAUGACGUUCUGGCCAGCUGUUCGUGAGGAUAACCGGCGCAUUGCCCUGGCCACAAUUGUGACAAUUGUGUUCCUUCACACGCUGCUUUCUGUGGGAUGCUUGGCAUACUUUUUUGAUGCGCCAGAGAUGGACCACCUCCCAACAGCUACAGUUGCUCCAAACCAAACAGUUGCGGCAGCCAAAUAGCUAAAGAGGAAAAUCCUCAGUGUACCAGGGCUGCAGCCAUGCUGAACUUCUUGCCAUUACCAGAACAGACAUGCCCUUGCACUUGCCAUUCCAGAUAUCUGAGUAUUCCCUCUAUUCCAGCAGUCAUCACUUUCCUUGUGGUCCUGUGACACCUUGUAUUAUACAUCGCUGUUAAUAGUGCUGGAAGCACGAAUUCUUCACUGUCUGUGUGUCCAUCUGCAUAGUCAUUUGUUUAUUCAUUGAUUCAUUUGUCCUCCAUGGACUGGUAUGCCUCUCCAGUUCAACUCAGCAACGUGAGAACAAGAAAUGGGUAUUAUCCUGCAUCUUUGUUGCUCAUCACAAGACCUGGUAUAUAGGGAGUGCUUAGUAAAUGUUUGUGCAGUGAAUGAAUGAAGCCACACUCUGCACAUGAUCUCCCUGCCCAUGGAGAACCUCUAGUCUGUUUUGUAAUCACAGGGUGAACUUCUCCUUUCCCAGAGCAACAGGGUGUGGUGCGAAGACCAGGGCCUUUGCAGUCAAGUGGAACAAAAAUGAAAUCCUGGCCUCACCACGUACUACCAGUGUACCUGGGACAAGGAGCUUACUGUCUCUGAGCUUCAACCAACGUAACUGUCAGAGAAGGAUGAUACAACCUAUACUAGAUUAGAGAUCAUGUUUAUAAAAGCUCCUGGCUCAUAGUUAAGAUGCUCAAUGACAGAAUCAAGCUACUGGCCCUCUGAGAGUGGGUCUGUAUUUGUGUUGAAAUUUGGUGGUACUCAUAGACUUUACCUUGACCCUUUAUUUCCUUUUUGUAAAACGAAAUAGAUUUUCCUUCUUAGUUGAGGAAUUUGGGUUGUAGGCCUUGCAAGUUGACAAGAUAUGGUUGGCCAAAGACACCUCUGGCCAUCUUGAUGGUAAGACAGUUGCCCUGGCCAAUGGAAUGCCUAAGGAACUAUUGUAAAUGUCACAGCCCACCUUCCCCUCUUCCCUUCUUCACAUGGGGAUGUGAUGAUGUCAGAAUCAAAGGUCAGAGCCCUUGGAGACAGGGUGGGCUCUUCUCUCCUUUUUACCAUAAAGAGGCUGAGGCCAAGAGAGAACAGUGCCUUGUCCAAGGCCAUCCCAGAGUUUUGUGGCAAACUAACAUGAGUAUAUCACAUUCCAUUCUACAAAAUACCAUCUAGAUCACUCUCUCUUUGUCCGCUGUUAGCAGCCUUACUGACCCCAUCGUACAGAUAAGGAAGCUGAACUUAAGAAGUUUGAGUUGACUAAGAUCACCUGCCUCUUUUUUUUUUUUUAAGAUCUUAUUUAUUAUUUAUUUGACAGAGAGAGA